AUGAAGGCACAAGUGGAGCGUCAUGAGAAUCUGUCUCUGAAGCAAGAAAACGAUAAUCUGCGAAUUGAGAAUUUGGCAUUAAAGGAAGCCCUGAAGAACCUGAUCUGUGGUAAAUGCGGUGGACAACAAUUGCUUGCGGAGAUAUCCACUGAGGAGAAGCAUCUUAGAAUUGAAAAUGCAGUAUUAAAAGAUGAACUCGAUCGUGCACGUGCUUGGACAAACAAAAUUGUCCGACCUUUGUCCUCUUUUGGUGGCACCUCUUCCCCUCCAAUGUUGAACACUAACUUGGAAGUUGCAGCAAGAAGAAAUGGUUUGGGGAGCCUAGGCAAUGUACACACAGCUUUAUCCAUUGGACUUAAUCCUAAUAAUGCGGUUUCAGAUUCUUGGGGCGAUGGGCCUAUGAGCAGGCCACUGAUUGGCAUGCAUCCUGUCAAUCCCUCGUUUCAGGAUUCCAUGUUUUUUGAGCUUGCUUCGACUGCGACGGAUGAGAUAAUCAAGCUGGCUGAGAACGAUACUCGUCUCUGGUUCAGAAGCUUAGCGGGAAGUGGGGAAAGGCUGAAUUUUGAUGAGUACAUGAAAGUGAUCACUCCUUGUGUUGACAUAACAUCAAGGGCAUGUAUUGAUGGUACAAGGGCUACCUCCCUCUUGGCCAUAAGGAGCACUGAUCUCGUUGAGGUGUUGAUGAAUGCGGAUCAAUGGGCUGAAAUGUUUUCUGAAAUGAUUGGAAGCAGCUCUACUUUAGAGGUGAUUUCUGGCGGCAUCAAUGGAACCAAGAACUGUGCCCUGCAAUUGAUGCAAGCAGAGAUCCAAGUUAUAUCACCACUGGUCCCCGUUCGCCAAAUGAGGUUUCUGCGGUUCUGCAGGCAACAUGUCAACGGGGCAUGGGUUGUAGUUGAUGUGUCCAUUGACAACAUUUCUGAAGGUGUAGGUUCACAAACAUUUUCACCUUGUAGGCGGCUUCCUUCAGGCUGUAUUCUGCAAGAUAUGCCCAAUGGUUGUUCCAAGCAAAACUAUGGCAGAAAGUUUGAACCUUCUACUAUUAUUUACUGCCUCGUGGUGGGUGGUGGAGAUGAUUCUGCAACUUUUAUUACUUAA